AUGGUUUUCAUGGCCAAGGAUUUGGUCACGGGUGACACCGUCGCUAUUAAGUGCUUGACGAAGAAGUCGGCUGCGAUGGAAGGCCCAACCGAUUUCGCCAUCGACGACAAAUCGGAAGAAUUUGCGCUCCAUAGCCGUUUGGGCUCACAUCCUAAUAUCGUCAACCUGCUUCACGCUUUCGAGACAGAUGCGCACCAGUUUCUCGUCCUCGAGUUCUGCGCCCGGGGAGACCUGUACAUUCACUCCAAAGGAGUCUACCACCGCGACAUUAAGCCCGAGAACAUCUUCUUGACCAAGUCAGGCUCGAUGAAACUUGGUGACUUCGGCUUGGCUACUUCGGACAAAUGGUCAACGGAGUCCACAGUGGGGAGCGAUCGCUAUAUGUCUCCCGAGCAGUAUGACUCGGCUGGGGCCGGAUAUUCUCCCGCACAAGCCGAUAUCUGGGCCAUCGGUGUCUGCCUCCUCAAUAUCCUCUUUUCGCGCAACCCUUUCACGACCCCAACAGAGGUCGACCCUCUUUUCCUCGAUUUUUCUCGCGAUAAGCAGUCGCUCUUUGACGUUUUCCCAACUUUGUCUCAGGACACGUAUGAAGUUAUCGUUCAGUGUAUGAAUCUUGAUCCGAUGAAACGGUCCUUGAUCGGUGCCCGUGAGGCUCUCAUGAACGUGGUGAGCUUUACCACAACAGACGAGACGCUUGACGAGUUCUGCUCGGUUGAACGACGGACCGUCGCGACAGCCAACAGAGAGCCUUUGCGGACACCUUCGAUUCAAAGCCCCCAGGUCGAGCAGGGUGCUUUCCCGUGGGCAAAGGCUCUUCACGCCACCCCUCGCCAGGCCUUCCGUCAGCUGAGUGCCAUUCCCGACUAUGACGAGGAGCUUUUUCCCAAGUCAGAAGAUACCUCGGACUGGUGCUCUGCAACGGUUCAAACACCUAUGUCAUCGAUGUUGGGCUCGACAUUGGGCGCCUCCAUGCAAUCUCUCGCCAUCACGCAACCCCCUCGGCUUUCCCGGCCUUCUCGACCACGGCCUUCCAUGCCUGGAUCUUUGCCCAUCGCAAUGGGCAAACCAAAGAAUCUAUCCGCGAUGUCCUUCACCUUUGGUGGUCGUGGUAAGGGUGCCGUUUCCAAGAGCUGGAGCGACAUCUGGGACGAGGAUAUCGAGGAGGAAGAGGAGGAGGGACAGCUCCCACUCAACUCAAGGACUUGGAGCCAUGAGAGCGAGUCGACCAAGGUCGGUGAGAGCAUCACAGUCGCCGGAAAGGACAACGAUGCUGUGGAGGGCCUCGCAGUCAAGGAUGUUGAUGUGGAUCUAGCCGCCGACGGUUUCUUUUUCCACGAUAUGCCUCCCACUCCACCUGCUGAUACAACUGAGGCUACCGCAGUGCAGGUAGAGUUGCGUGCGCCUGAUACCCAGGCCCGCUACUCUCCACCUUCUAAGCGGAAUAAUUUGGAUAAAUGGGCGGCCUUGGGCCAGCGUCGUCGAGGCUUUGGGACGACUCCCGAAAUGGAACAAAUGCCAGAGUUGACAAGGCCCAGGCGGCAAAAUAAUGUUUUUGGAUAUAUGCACACGCAAGGUGCAAGCCAUUGGGAUCACCUCAACAGCCAAAGAACCAUCAAGGCUAAGGAGUGCCCAUGGAAUAAGGGACGAGACUGCAAUUGGCGCAAGGAAAAGCGUCUUGAUCUCGGCGAUAUUGAGUGGGUUGGGGCUUGGCCGGAAGGACAUGCUUAA